CAGAUGUUCCAACAUGUGACUCACAAGGACAUGCGCACACUUCGCGCAGUAAAGAGGCGCCGAAUACAACACAACGCCGUGAACAAGAGGAUACGUGCCUGGAUUGUACUUCAAGUUCACGUUGAGAAGCAAUGGAGGCACCGCCUGUGACUGUUAUGCCCGUGACGGGCGGUGCGAUCAACAUGAUGGAAUAUCUGCUGCAGGGUAGUGUUUUGGACCAGGCUCUGGACAGUCUGCUGCAUAGGCUGCGUGGCUUGUGCGACAACAUCGAGCCCGAGACGUUCGCCGACCACGAGCUGGUGUACUUGCUGAAGGGCCAACAGGGCCAACCCUUCCUGCUCCGGGCCCGCCGGUCCCUCUCGCACCCGGCCGCCCCUUGGCAUCUGCGCUACCUGGGUCAGCCCGAGGUGGGCGACAAGAGCCGGCACGCGCUGGUGCGCAACUGCGUGGACGUGGCGGCCUCGCACAGCCUGCCCGACUUCCUCAACGAGAUGGGCUUCCGCAUGGACCACGAGUUCGUGGCCAAGGGCCACGUGUUCCGCAAGGGCACCAUGAAGGUGGUGGUGAGCAAGCUGUCGCGGGUGCUGGUGCCGGGCAACACGGAGAACACGGAGCAGUUGUCGCUGUCGUCGCUGGUGGAGCUCAGCGUGCUGGCGCCCGCCGGGCAGGACACUGUGUCCGAGGACAUGCGCGCCUUCGCCGAGCAGCUCAAGCCCCUGGUCCACCUGGAGAAGAUCGACCCCAAGAAGCACACGUGAGGGAGGACUCACGGGGCAGCUCAGUGAUAAUGGAGGCCCAGGAAUUGGCUCUCUUGGGGGGCGGACGGGACUAGAUGACUCUCCUACUGCUGUAAAGGAGUGAUGAUGGGGAUCUCAACUGUUUGUUGGUCUGUGUUGGUUGUCUGCAACAUGCCCAGAUUUAAUGGCAGACUGAUGUUUUCAGAGACAGCAUAAACAGCAUCGUCCACAGGCACAGGGAGCCUUUGUCCGGUUGCACACUCUCUCAGCACCUACACACACACACACACGGUGUCCUAACUGACUAAUGUCUUUUUCCACUUUUUAACAUCACAUCUUUGACAUAUGAUCAUGACAAUGAGUGAGAGACUGUGUAUGACAUCAGAGACAAGCGGGCGUUCGUGUUGCCCUAAGCAUAGUUAGGGUUAAUAAAUAAUAAUGAUCUUCAUCCCAUUGUUUCAUUAUUGUCUAUUUGCUUAGAGAAGUCAUGCCAUACACUUUUCAUUUAUUUGAUAACAUUACCUUACAUGCUUUUGUAAAGUCUGCCCUUCCCUUAGGUCAUAGAUGCUUUUUGUAUUUUUUUAUAAUGUCGUGGCUCGUUUUUUUUUCUCAUGAUGUCCUAGCGUGCUCUGAAAAAACUCUAUGGGAAAAGAAAAUCGAUUUUGUGGUUGAGAUUUUAGUUUGUAUUUUUAAAAUCUAUGUACAUAAUUGGCUUUGCUCUGAUUGGCCAACAUCUUUCUGCAUCAUCCAGUUAGAUUGCUAAUUGCUAUGGCUCCAUCUUAUUGAUUCAGGCUACGUUUAUACGGUGACGAUGAAAAGAGAAGACGCAGAAGUGGCGUCUCGUCUUCAUUUUUUUAUUUGCGUUUAGAUGAGCAUUCUCAGGGGUUUAUAUGAAUACGCAAGAGUAGGUAAUAUUCGAUUGGAUAUGCAUUCCAGACCGCUGGGUGCUGGUGUGAUAGAACCCCGGUACGUCACACGCAGACAUUCUAAUUUGACAGUUUAGCCAGAGAGGUAAUCAAGGAUCUUUG